AUGUCGGCUGGAUUUAAUUUGGCUGUGAUUGGGGCUCCGUUGAAGCUCUCUGGUAUUUUGAUUGCUGCUUCUACAAAAGUGAUUGUCUCCGACGCCGUCAGCUCUCUCCAUUCUGCCGUUGCCGCUCGCAGACGCUGCUGCUUCCCCUGCUUUAUGCGACUCUGCUGUUCCCAGCAGAGAACGGUGCUGAGGUCCUCGUUUGAUUCGAUGCGUUUGAGGCCAAAACGGACUUCUUCUGGUAUUGUGGAGUGCUUUGGGGGUUUUCACAUAAAUCGAUUUUCUCACUUAUUCUUGUUCUUGAGAGGGGGUCUCACUUGA